UGGUCGAAGGAUUAGCUCUGCUGGAUUUAGGGGUUUCGCCAUAUUCCGGAGCUGUUUUUCACGAGACCCCACUGAUAAUAUAUCUCUUUCACUUCCUGAUUGAAUAUGCUGAAUUGGUGUUCAUGAUAACUGAUGUGCUAACUGCUGUUGCCCUUUACUUGGCCAUCCAGGACUUCAACAAAGUUGUGUUCAAAAAGCAGAAACUCCUGAUAGAACUGGAUAAAUAUGCAGCAGAUGUGGCUGAACUCAUCCAGACACCCAUGGAAAUGCACUACAUCCCCCUCAAGGUAGCUCUGUUCUAUCUGUUAAACCCCUACACUGUGAUGUCUUGUGUGGCCAAGUCCACCUGCGCCAUCAACAAUACUGUCAUUGCGUUCUUCAUUUUAGCUACAAUAAAAGGUAGUGCCUUCCUCAGUGCGGUGUUCCUGGCCUUAGCAACAUACCAGUCACUCUACCCUCUCACUUUGUUUGCUCCAGCACUUCUUUACCUUCUACAGCGUCAGUUCAUACCAAUAAAACUGAAAAGCAAAAGCUUCUGGCUCUACACCAUGCAGUAUGCAGCCCUGUACCUGUGCAGCCUGGUGGUGAUCAUCUGCCUCUCCUUCUUCCUCCUCAACUCCUGGGAUUUUAUCCCAUCCGUUUACGGGUUUAUCCUUUCCGUUCCAGAUCUGACACCCAAUAUUGGCCUUUUCUGGUACUUCUUUGCAGAGAUGUUUGAACAUUUUAGUCUUUUCUUCGUGUGUGUGUUCCAAAUCAAUGUGUUCUUCUACACCAUUCCCUUGGCGAUAAAGCUAAAGGAGCACCCUGUGUUCUUCAUGUUUGUCCAGAUCGCAAUCAUUUCUAUCUUCAAGUCCUAUCCCACUGUGGGAGACGUUGCACUGUACAUGGCCUUCCUUCCAGUCUGGAGCCACCUUUACAGAUUCCUCCGGAACAUCUUCAUCCUGUCAUGUGUGCUCAUUGUCUGCUCCCUCCUGUUCCCCGUUCUGUGGCAUCUAUGGAUUUAUGCAGGAAGUGCCAACUCCAAUUUUUAUUAUGCCAUCACGUUGACUUUCAACAUAGGGCAGAUCCUGCUCGUCUCGGAUUAUUUCUAUGCCUUCCUCCGGCGGGAGUACUACCUCACUCACGGACUCCAUUUGACGAGGCAAGACGGGACAGAGGCCAUGCUUGUUUUGAAAUAA